AUGGCCCUCCUCUCAGUGCUUACCAUCAUUUUUGCGGCUUUUAUAGGACAGACCGAUGCCUCAUCAAUAUUCCUUGACUGGUCUUCGGAAAUGCCGAAUGGCGGUGUUCGGGCAUUCGUCCUCGAUUAUUCGCCCCCAGUCGGCAUUCCGCCUGCCGGGACACACUUGUCGAGAAGUACCCAACAGUUGCUCCUCAAUCAGACGAUGCCCGCCACCGAUUAUUCCAUAUUUUUGACGGCAUUGAUGACAGAUGGGUCGAGAAAGAACGUCUCCGAGAAGCAUCUCCCUUCAAGCCCAAAUCCGCCAAUCCUGGACUCGAUCGAGACGACCCCCACCGAUGCGACCAUCUCGUAUUUUCCGCCUGAGGGCAGCGAGAUUUCGUAUUACAUCGAAUAUUUCCCCGUCGACCGCGAGGAAUAUGCAAAUUUUGUGGAGACGAAGUCGGCGCUGGUGAAACUUCGCGGCCUCGAUCCGUCAACGAAUUUUCGGUUGCGCGUGCUCUCCGUGUUCCGCGGCGUGCCAUCUACCGAAUCGAUCGAUACGACAUUUUCCACGAAAGACCUCGGCUCGGGCGAGGACAUGUCCCUCUUCACGAUCAAAACCCUGCCCCCGGACCUCGACCUCGGCUCCGUGACGCUACCCACAAUGACGAACGGCUCGAAAGAAAAGGAAUACGAAUACGCGUCGAAAGAAGAUUAUCAAGGCGCCGGCGGAGCUGCCAAUAACCUGGUGGAAGAGCAGAAGAAUCAGACGGACGUCACACCGGAUGGGGACCAAUACUACUACCAGCCCGAGGGCGUGACGCCGGUAGAUGAGGUGACCGAAGCACCACCAGUCCCGCGCAUUGUCAUCACCGUCACCGACAAGGUCUCCACUUCGCAUACCCCGUCUGAAUCCACCACAAUUCUCCCGACGACGGCUGAAGAAGAACUCGAAGUAGAUGAUGAGUCGGAUCGAGACGUCGACGUCCCGGAUGGAGAAUUGGAGAAUGGCAGCAGCACUGAACCCAUGAUAUUUCACCCCCACACCACCACCACCACAAUGUUCACCACCACACCCCAAUCAACCACCAAAAAGAGUGAUAUGAAAGUGACGAGAAGAUCAUCAACGACGACAACCACGACGUCAACCACCACCACCACCACUACCACACCAUCCACCACAGCACCCAUCAUCAGCAGAGAGGAGAUCAACCCGAGCAAUGGCCCAAAAACGACAGAGGCCAUCGAAACGGAAGUGGUCGACUAUGGCUCCGAGGACAGCUUCGUACUCAUCAAAAUGUUCACCGACCAUAAGCUGGAGGCUAAAGUCUUCUGCAUGCUAUCGGGUGCGCUUUCCAAGACCUGGUGGGCUCACCGUAUCAUCGACCUCAGCAAACCGCAAGCCAUCCACGGUCUACGCGUUGUAAACGUCGAAACCGACGACUUCUACGUGGCCAAAAUCGAGCUUGAAUGGGACUGGCCCGUCUUCCACGAUUUCAAACACAACGAUAUCGUCGUGCUGUAUGGCGUUGGAAAGGCUCCUCCUAAAAAGCUCGAAGUCACCGAAAAGGGGAAGGUCGUGUUGGACAAGCUCGAGCCAACUGAAGAGUACAUCAUCACGGUGCGCAACAUCAGCCGCGAGUUGGGCAUCAACAGCCAAGACGCCAUCAUCAAGCAGCAGACGAGACCAAUCAUCUCAUCCACGCUAUAUCCCGGCCAAAUCUCGUCCACCUCCAUCAACAUCAAUUUCGGCGAAUCGGACCCGGAACAGGGAAAAUUCGAGCACUACGAGCUCGACUUCACCGGCAACAACAAGAACAUCACCCGGAAAAUUGCCAUGGACAAGGACCGCUCGUUCACCUUCACCAAGUUAAUCCCCGGCAAGACGUACAAGUUCUCCCUCUUCACCGUCUACAAAUCGAUGCGCAGCCGGCCGGUUGUCGCCGAAAUUACGACCUACCCGCUAAAAGUCGAAAAAUUGCGCCCAAUCGUCGGGAGGGACUACGCCUCGCUACACUGGGACAUUGAAAAUUUUGCCGAUAACGACGUGCGCUUCCGGCUGAGCUACAUCGCAACGUCGAACGAUGGUGCCAGAAAGGAGCGGACCGUUCAGCUGAAGAACACCAACCACUAUCGAUUUGAUGAGCUCGACCUGGAGACGUACUACACCUUCACAAUUACCGUCAUUAUGGGGAUUGGAGAAGCGGAAGCGGAAAGUGAAAGUGAAAUGGUGACGGUGGCUUUCGGGAAAGACGUCCGCUCGAAGCCGGCCCUAAAACGGCAUGGAACUCGCGAGUUGGCGCUGAUCUUCGAGAACGAUCACAAUAUGUGGCACGAGCUCAAUGGGCCCUUCAACAACUUUGCAGUGAUUGUGGCGGAGGAUAUUGAGCUUGGCGGUGACGAUUACGAGUUGCGCUCGUGGUUCGAGGUGCACAACGACGACAAGUGGCCCUCCUACCGGGCCAGCCGUUCCGACUAUCAGCCGUUCUCAAAGCGUGGUGUCAAAGAGGCCAUGUUUAUCAUCGGAGAGGACGACUGUGAGCAGCAGCGCCUUGAUGAACCGUACUGCAACGGAAUGCUGCGCGCCAACACCAAGUACCUGGCCAAAGUACGCGGUUACACCGACGAGGGCGUGGCGAUGGAGACGGACUGGGUGGCCAUACAUGGACACACUAACGGACAAGGAGAUGGAGAUGAGGAUGAGGAGGAAGAAGAAGACCCAGGCCUCCCGUGUCAUAUGUACCUCAACGGAUGUCCCCGCAAGGGGGACAAGGGCAAAUCGGAGCUCUGCAUGUUCACUAUGGCCACCGACCUGGGCUGCGUGCUCACCUCGUUCCUCUACGUCGCCAUCAAGGAGGCGGCCAACAAGGAGCCGGGCUAUUCCGGGUCGCAAAGUCUGGAGAUGCUGCGCAAUAGUGUCCUUGUCUCCGCUGAAUCAUGCCUCCUGCUGGUGACCAACUUGUGCCUGGUCGUUACCCUCUACACGGAGAUCAAGGCAGCCGAGAAAAACAAAUGCUACGUCACGAACAACAUCGGCGUGUCGCUGCACAAGUAUGAUAUCGAAUGUGGCGGCCCGCAGAAGCAGUGUGAAGCCAAGCGUGGGCUUCUCGGCAAGCUCGUCGCUUACGGCAACAAUUCCCUCAGCUCUGGAAACGCCAAGAAAGAGACCGCCGAGCCUGCCAAGGAUAAUUCGGAAAGUUGCCGCAAGUCAGCCGGCCCUGAUUCCAGCUGCAAGACGGCUCAGUCCGUUUCCGCACCGCUAGCCGAGUUUUCCACCCGUCAAAGACUUCCUCGCCUCCGAAGACGGCCAUUGUCAUCCCUUCCACCAACUCUAGCGGGGCGCAACACCCUGUGCCACCGCCCA